AUGCUAUUGAGUUCUUCCUCUCUUUCAAAAUACAAGGUCUCGAUUGAGCUCCCAUACGUUUUGGUUCAAACAGUCAUCUACGGGGUCAUUGUAUACAUAAUGAUUGGAUUUGACUGGACUGUUGCCAAGUUCUUUUGGUAUCUAUUCUUCAUGUACUUCACCUUUUUAUACUUCACAUUCUAUGGAAUGAUGACCGUGGCAGUCACUCCAAACCAAAAUAUCGCUGCAAUAGUUUCAUCUGCCUUCUAUGCAAUUUGGAACCUUUUCUCAGGAUUUAUCAUUCCAAAAACAAGGAUUCCAGUGUGGUGGAGAUGGUACUAUUAUACAUGCCCCAUCUCCUGGACAUUGUAUGGAUUAAUUGCUUCACAGUUUGGAGACAUUAAACACCAGCUUGACACAGGUGAAACUGUAGAACAUUUUAUAAGGAGUUAUUUUGGGUACAGACAUGACUUCAUAGGAUAUGUUGCCAUCAUCAUCGUCGGAAUAUCUGUACUAUUUGGAUUCAUUUUUGCAUACUCAAUCAAGGCCUUCAAUUUCCAGAAAAGAUAA